CAAGUAGACAAGCCACUUCUUCCCUGCGACCACCCAUCAUGUCUGGAGAGGAUGGAGAGACCACUACCGUCAUGGUUGGACCAUGGGGUGAGAGGGAAGUGAAUUCUCCACUUCAAUUCACACCCAAGCGUCUCGUAGCCAUGGCGUUUCAGACUGGUAGAGUCAUUGUGACAUUAGGUUUCACCUGUGUUGAUGUAGCAGGCAAGAGGCACACUAUUGGCUUAGUUGGCGGUGACCGUGGGAAAAAUACUAACAUCAAGUUUGCACCAACGGAGUAUGUGACGGAAUUCGCUGGAUCAACCAUUGUUGACACCGAUGGAACAUCUGCUGUGAAGUAUCUCAGGAUUCAAACAAACUUAAAAACAUAUGAGAUAAAUGAAAAAGGGUCGAACGCUUCAGAUACGGAACACCCUUUUAGAGUCCCUCUGCCAGAGAAUUCUACCAUUGUGGGAUUCUUUGGACGUCAACAUAUUGUUAAAGGACAUGUAUAUUCAAUUGGGAUUUAUGUGAAUUCCACAACACAGGUUGUUCCCCUUGGAGCUUGGGGUGGGGAUGGAGGUGAAGCAUUUGAUGUCUCGGCGCCACCCUUGCGCCUUGAAAGCAUGACUAUUCGUGCUGGCAACACUGUUGAUGCAUUUGGGUUUUCCUAUGUUGACGAAGCAGGGCGGAGGCACAUCAGAGGUCCAUCUGGUGGUACCGGUGGCCAACUUACAACAAUCAGGCUCGCACCAACGGAGUUUGUGAAUUGCAUUUCUGGAACCAUUGGUCGGUCUUUUGGUUCCCAAUCAAGAUCGUUAGUGGCAUCGCUACAGAUUGGAACGAACGUCAGAACGUAUGGGCCAUACGGAAGAAGGAACCCCGGCGACGAUCCAUUCAGCAUCCCGUUGCCGGAGAAUUUUUGCGUCGUGGGAUUUUGGGGACGUGCUGGGAAUCUUCUUGACGCCAUUGGUGUUUACAUAGGUCAGAAAAAAUCCGUCAUCCCGAGACCCAUCCCUAUUGCAUAUGAUGAAGAAACCUCAGGUAACAAAGAUGAAGAAUCCUACCCACUACAGCCCACCAUCUCUGGACAGACCCCUCCUAUCAAGAUUGGAAUGUGGGGUGGGGGUUUUGCGGCGGGGUUUGAUGUCCCAGUCGGAGCGCCACCUAAGCGCCUCGACAGUGUGAUGAUUCGAGCUGGUGAAAUCAUUGAUGCAUUUGGCUUUUCCUAUACUGAUCAAUCUGGUGAGAAGUUCACUCGAGGUCCAUAUGGUGGGAGUGGUGGGAGUCUUACCACGAUCCAGCUUGAACCAUCAGAGUAUGUGAAGAAUGUCUCUGGAACAACUGGUACUUGGGAUGGAUAUCCGGUUGUAGCGUCCCUAACUAUUGAAACCAACUUCCGGGUGUAUGGGCCAUAUGGAAAAGCGCAGGACAUGCAUUUCAGAGUUCCCCUCCCCGAGAAUGCUUGCGUUGUGGGAUUCUUUGGAAUGUAUGAAACCAACCAUCUUGAUGCAAUUGGCGUUUACGUGAGUGGUUGCGUCCCAAACUAGUCUGAGCAGGGCCCGAGAAGGCACCUCAAAUAAACCAGGACCUUCGUCCUCAGCGAGUUCAGCUUUCCAGUGUGUUUCAGUCAAAAUAAGAUGAUCAUAUCAUCAUGAGCGUGGUCUGCGUUUGCCACUGCAAGGGUAGUCCUAAUAAUCCCUUGUUGCCAACAUUGUAAUGCGAGUGUUGUUUUUUCUUCAUGUAUGAGAGUGGUUAUGUUGUCACCUAUGGUGUGGAAUAAAUUUUCUAUGGGAUUAUCUCUUUUGGAUGCAGAAAA